UAGUUCGUUAUUAAUAAGUAAUGAAGCUGAAACCGCCUUGUACUGCCGUUACUGGAAAGGGUUAUAAUAAACACAAACAGAUAGAGAUACUUCGUUGAAAGAAAUAGAUGCGUUAAAUGUAAGACAAGCUGUGAUUUUAUUUUUUUAAACUUAGAAAAAUCAAAAUGGAGCGACUUAAACUGAACUUUAGGGAACGGUCGGUGAGUGAGCCGAGAAGACCGUCAAAACAAUUGUUGGAGAAAGUCACCGCGUUGCGGGCAACGUCCGCCAGCAAAUCCAACGUAAGUGUCCGACCCGGAAACGGAACUGAGAAACAACACCGAAAUGGAAUAGAGAAGAAACGGGACUGGGAUUUGCUGCAUAUUAAGAAGUUCUGGGUCAAACAUGGCUUCAGGUUCAAGAAAGACAGACCAGCCGUCGGCAUGAAGCCGGGAAUUUCUGUGCCCCAGCUGCACGUUGUGUUUGUUGAUAAGCCCAGCCUAAUGGAUGAUUACAGGCUUCGUGCAAUGAGUUCGCCGGCUUCAGACCUUGCGGCGCGCCGAGGUGUUUUCAGCAGACGACAUUAUGGAUCUGUGGAGUUGUUGAACUCGAGUGACAGUGACUCCCCGCUGAACGCUGGUCGGUUCCGGGUGGAGACGGGGGAUAGAGCACAAGAAGAGCCUUCAAGCCCACUGAACAGCCCUAUUCACCUUGAAAACCCCGAAUUUCAGACGAGAUGGUAUUUCAAAUACUUUCUUGGAAAAUUGUACCAGAACUAUGUUUACAUCGACAACGAGAAGGACGUUUACCUACUAUCUGUGGUGGUCACCGACGCCAACAACCACAAUGUGCCACAAUACAGAGCUAUCCUUUGGACCAAAACCGGUGCUAAGCGAAUAUCGCUUCCGUAUAACCCGAACAAGCCACAAACAGUAAAGGGGAUACUGAACCACCUUGACAUGGACCGCAUAGAGAAGGGCCCGAAAGAAAUAUUCAAUCCUGAAAUACAGAAGGAAAUCCUCGUUCUAGAGGAGCAGGAGGGAUCUAUCAAUUUCAAAUUCGGUGUGAUCUACGCGAAGGAGGGACAGUCAUCAGAUGACGAAUUUCUCAGCAACGAACGGGGAAGCGAACACUUUGAGAGAUUUUUAAAACUUUUAGGCGACCGUGUGAGAUUAAAAGGAUGGGACAAGUUCAAAGCUGGCUUAGAUGUUAAAUCAAACACGACGGGAAAAGAAUCUAUAUACACAGUGUAUGAGGGUCACGAAAUCAUGUUCCAUGUGUCCACAAUGCUGCCAUACUCCUCAGAAAACAAACAACAGGUGGAAAGGAAAAGGCACAUCGGCAACGACAUUGUAAACAUAAUAUUCUGGGAUGGCGACCCAACAACGAUACCUUCGUUUAAACCCGGGAUGAUGAAGACACGCUUUACACAUAUCUUUGCAGUCGUGACGUAUAACCCAGACAUUCUACGAUACAGAUUGAUAGUGUAUUCUCAAGAGUCUGUACCUCUGUUCGGGCCUCCGCUACCUACACCACCAGAGUUCCUGGACUCAGAUGAAUUCAGGGACUUCCUCCUGGUCAAAUUGAUAAACGGCGAGAAGGCGACAGUAAACAAUCCAAUGUUUACCCAGAAGCGUGAAAGGACGCUGGAAAUGCUCAUCAAGAACAUCUACCUGGACUACAUGCCAGAGCACAAUAUGUUGAACCGACGCGCGUUCAGUGACGUCAUACAGGACGCCAACACUAGCAGACGGAAGGAAGAUGCACGGCGAGCGGAGUUCGUUCGUAUAGGACAGACCUUAAAGCUUAAGACUAUAUUGAAGGGUAACGCUCCAACCAGUCUAGUGAGUUCAGGACUCCUAAAAACACAGCCCUGGGAGCCACAGCAUUGCCAUAGUGAUUUCAGUCAACCAAUCGUAGCCUCGGACACAUGGGGAGAUAAACUCGUUAUCGCCACUGAACAGGGCACCUACGUCUUAGAAGAGGGACUACCUCCGCGGCUAAUAUUCGACAGGAGUGUCUGCGUGAAGCAGCUGAGUGUCGUUGAAGCCCACGGAUUGCUCAUUCUGCGGAGAGACAAGGGUAAGGACGGAAAGGUAUGCGUGUUCCGGCUGCUGGAUUUCGAGGGCGAGGCGUCCGAGGGCCAGGUGCUCUCUCGUGCUGACUGCAAGGAACAUAAGAUGGAGAAAACUAAAGGUUGUCACAUAUACGCCGUCAGUCGUCCGGGCGGAAGUCAUCUACGUAUGGUGGUAGCGAUUGGCCGGAAGUUGCUUCUGUUCACAUGGAAACACCCGGCCGAGUGGCUUGUGUGGUGCUGUCCAACCGUGGAACUGGACUGUGCAGACGGGUUCACCUUCGUCAGGGAGCUGGAAUGUUUCGACACAGCGCAGAUCGUGUCCCUUAUAGAUGGUACGAGGUGCGAGGGAGAGGGUGGUCGAGUGGACAACCAGAUAUGUAUCGGCUACAAACACCAGUUUGACCUCAUCAACGAAAAGAAUGGGGACACUCUGCAGCUAUUCCAGGUCGAUUCUACAAAGAACGUGACCCUGGUAUCAGCCAUUGACAUCUACGAGGACGAGGAGGCGGAGCUUCUCUUGUCUUACAACUAUGUAAGCCACUUCCAGAAGUUAAAAGAAGAAGUAAGCAAUGAUUUCGAUAUCCACUGGAACGCCGAGCCUUUACAUAUAGGUGCGGUAACUGUUACAGUUUGGUUGUGUAGUGGUGUAACGAGCCUUUACAUAUAG